AGGAUUUAAGAAUACUUAUCUUGUACAACAAACAAACACCAAACUCAUCAAAACCGGGUCGGGUCAAUUACAAUCGUACGAAUAUAAAUACAAACCCCCCCUAACUUCAACAUCCUUCCCUUCCACAACCAAAUAACCCCCAAAUUCUAAACGAUCACCGUGAAAAAUGGCCGGAGUAUCAUUAAAGUGCGGAGAUUGCGGAGCUUUAUUAAAAUCAGUCGAAGAAGCACAAGAACACGCUGAACUCACCAAACACGCUGAUUUCUCUGAAUCUACUGAACCCGUGCUAAAUCUUGUUUGCUCCACUUGCGGCAAACCCUGCCGCUCCAAAACUGAGAGUGAUCUGCAUACUAAGAGGACUGGACAUACUGAAUUUUCCGAUAAGACGUUGGAAACGGUGAAACCGAUUGCGUUAGAAGUUGCUAAGAGUAAUAAUGAUGUGGAUAUGGUUGAUGCUAGUACCAGCUGUGAACCCGAGGAAAUGGUUGUUCCUGAUGUGGAUUCAAAACUACUUGAGGAGCUUGAGUCGAUGGGUUUCUCAAAGGAAAGGGCCACCCGGGCACUUCAUUUCUCGGGCAACUCGAGUCUUGAGGCCGCUGCAAAUUGGAUUGUUGAACAUGAGGAGGAUGCAGACAUAGAUCAGUUACCUUUGGUGCCUAAGAGUAAAUCAGGGCCUCCCAAGCCUUCUCUUACUCCUGAAGAAAGAAAAGCAAAAGCACAAGAGCUAAAGGAACGAGCUCGCAAAAAGAAAGAAGAGGAAGAAAAGAGAAUGGAAAGAGAAAGAGAGAAGGAGCGGAUUCGAAUCGGUAGGGAACUACUGGAAGCAAAGCGUAUAGAGGAAGAAAAUGAGAGGAAACGUAUUAUAGCGUUGCGCAAAGCAGAGAAAGAGGAGGAGAAAAGAGCUAGAGAAAAAAUUCGUCAGAAAUUGGAAGAAGACAAGGCUGAAAGGAGGAGAAAGCUUGGUUUACCUGCAGUAGAUCCCACUGCUCCCAAACCUGCUGCUCCCGUGGUGGAGGAAAAGAAGAGCUCAUUGCCCGUCAGGCCUGCUACAAAAGCAGAGCAAAUGAGAGAGUGUUUACGAUCUCUUAAGCAAAGCAAUAAGGAUGACGAGGCAAAAGUGAAAACAGCAUUCAAUACCCUUCUGACAUAUGUCAAAAAUGCUGCAACUAAGCCAGAGGAGGAGAAAUUCCGGAAGAUCAGACUUAGUAAUGCUGCCUUUCAGGAUAGAGUUGGGAAAUUGGAAGGUGGCAUAAAGUUUCUUGAGCUAUGUGGAUUCGAAAAGGUAGAAGAGGGCGAAUUCUUGUUUCUGGCUAGAGAGAAAAUUGACAGAGCAGUGUUAAAUUCAGCCGGGACCGAGUUGAAUAGUGCCAUAAAUAACCCCUUCUUCGGGGUUCUUUGAUUUCAAAUAAAACACCAUCUUUUAGUAAUUACUUUUCUCAUUUGAGUCACUUUACUACCCUCGGGUCAAAGGUCAAUGUAAAAGUUUCUGUUUAGGUACUUUUCUCUUGUUAAUUUCUUCAUACUCAAGUAUUUUGGUUGUUUUUCCUGAAUUUCCUAUGAAGUGUGCAAGUUGUAGUUUUGCUAUAUGGUAUAUCAGAUAAUAUUCAAUAA